AUGAAACAUUCUAGAAAAUUAAAAGAAGAACCAAUUUGGGUUAAGGGUAUAAGGAUUGUGGAGAAAUCGAUAAACAAGGGUUGCUCUUUCGAACUUGAAGUUACUUGGCAUGACGAACAAGCAGACAAAUAUGAUGUUUCCAACGGUUGGAGUGUCCUAGGGAUCAAGAAUACGAUGCAAAGCAAAGCAAAGCACUAUGCAACAAUGAUCCGACAAGAACCAAAAUAA